AUGCUGCCUGUAGCCCAUUACCAUAACGAUCUAGACACCAGCAACAGUACGACAACGAAUACAUCCCCUACCUCCUCCACUACAACUCCAAUUAUUACGACUCCUACUAAACCUCACAAUGCUACUACCACCACUUCAAGUUCACCUCCACUAGUACACUCCCUCUCCGAUGAUUCAUUCAACGACCUCCCGCUAUCCAUGAGAUUCAUGCACAAACCCUCCCGUUCGCGAGAAUUACUUGAAAAGGCUAGUGACCCUACUCGUCGUAAUAGUCUCUUGAACACUCACAUUGAUAUUAGUGAUCCAGGAGAUGUUACUGACAGUCCCCCCAUUACUCAAUCACUUUCCUAUUCACCACCUCCAACUGAAGAAGUAAUUCAUGAUGAUGACGAGCCAGGCUAUCGACUUGUACGGAAGAAAUCGGGAGAGAUUCUUAAACCUUCACUAAAGUCUAAUGACUCUGCUUAUUUCGAUAUUAUGAAACGUUCAAGAUCAUUACCGACAACUCCUACAUACAAGCAAGUUCAUUUUGGUGGUGGUAAUGAUGUUAGAUACUUUAAAAAGAAAGAUAAACCAGCCGCCAUUAGUGCUAGUAAUUCACCCACUCUCAAUGGAGAUGGUGAUGAUGAUACAGAGACCUUAAAGACUAUGAAGAAAUUGAAUUUAUCGGCAUAUCAUGACUAUGACGAUGAUGAAGAUGAUGAUGACGAUGAAGAGAAUGAUGAAGAUGAUGAUGAAUUUGUAGAGAACAAUGUCCAUGGUGAAACCAAGUAUCCUCGAUAUGCCGAAGUGUUUGAUAGUGAUAGUGAAGAAGAUAGUGAUAGUGACAAUAAUAUGAGUCCUCACUAUAAGUAUCAAGCACCUCCUAAAUCAGUCGAUUGGCAAUUAAAACUUCUUAAUUUCACUCCAUUAACAUCAUACGACAGUAAGAUCAAACAGGAAGUUCCAGUAUUUCUAGAAAGACUUUUUAUUACUGUAGACAAGAAGUACUUAUUAGGCCAUAUAGCCGUGAAGAAUUUGGCAUUUGAAAAGUACCUUAUUGUCCGAUACUCCCUUGACAAUUGGUGUACUAUUAUAGAGAUUCCUACAGUAUAUGUGCCUGAUCGGCCAGAGAUCUUAAAGAGUAACAAUUACGAUCGGUUCAUCUUUCAAAUCCCCUUAGAAAACUUAUUCAAUAGUUUCCGAAUAAGUAGUACCGAAACUAACAAUAAUAAUACCAACAAUACUAAUACUAAUGGUACUCUCGAAAAGACUUACCAGAUAUGUAUUAAAUACUACUCCAAUCGUAAUGAAUACUGGGACAAUAACAGUUUUAAAAACUACCACAUUAAACUCAUUCGAACUACACGAGAAGCUCAAAAGUCUCGUUCCAAUAACAACAAUAACAAACACCAUAUUACCAAAUUAUCUUCACCUCCACCUCCAGCCGAUUACAAUCCUCCAAAGAACCUGCGGAUUCUGUCACACGAUAAGAAACCCAAAUACUCCCACUCGUAUCUCAAACGGAUUGUCUCGGACUCUCAAAUCGAGUUGAACAAGAAGGACGAAGAUACCUCCUCCAGUGAUAUCAAUGAUUUUGAAAAGAACAACUUCUAUAUGUCGCUGCCCAUGCUUUCAUCUUACAACACCAAACCCAAAGUUCCAGGUGGUGCUACGACUACCAACAAUAACAACAACAACAACAAUAACAAUAAUUCCACUAUCACAGCAAAGCCCAAUGAUAGUGUAGAAUCACUUGAUAAAUCGUCAAUUCCCUCUGCUAAAUCUAGUUUAUCAUCUCCACCUUUUACUAUGCGACACGAUGAUUCUUCGGACAUCUCUCCCGAUACUGCCAAGCCAGAACGGCCUCCAUUUGGAGCUCCACCAUCCCUCGAUCCUCAAUCAUACCGAGAACUCUUGGACAACUAUUGCUUCUUUAAUUCAUCCAAUCCUUCAUCUCCUGAUACUCAUCCUACUUUCCAAUCAUCUCCGGUUUAUUUUGGUGCUGGACACCUCCAAUCUUCAUCUGUCACUGCUAGACGUUGGCCAAGUGCCAGUGGUAGUAGUGAUGGUACUAUUAGUAGUCGAAAUACAUCUAAUUCUUCGACUAAAUCUUCCGAGUCAGACGUUACUAUUCGUCCUCCUCCUUCGCCUCCAACUUCCCAAUCGGACGCAAAACAAAACAGUACUUCUUCCUAUACAAUCUCUUCAUUCUUAGGAAUCUGA